AUGUUAUUAUCCUCAUUAAUCACAAUACCAUUAUUAGGAACAAUAGUUGUAGCUAGUAUAGGAUCAUAUAAAAAAAAUUCAGAGUUAUAUACUAAAACCAUUGCGCUAACUAGUAGUAUAAUAAAUUUAAUUAUAUCAUUAGUUAUGUUUAUUUUAUUUAAUAACAGCUCUAAUCAAUUUCAGUAUGUACAAGAGCACUACAAUGUACAACUAUUCGAUAUUUACUUGGGUGUAGAUGGUAUCUCAAUAUAUUUUAUAUUAUUGACAACAAUAAUAAUGCCUAUAGCAUUAUUAUCUAAUUGAGACUCUAUAAAAGAAAAUGUAAAAUCUUAUUUAAUAAUUAUGUUAUUAUUAGAAACAUUAUUAUUAGCAGUUUUUAUGACAUUAGAUAUAAUGUCAUUCUAUAUAUUCUUUGAAAGUAUAUUACCUCCUUUAUUUAUAUUAAUAGGUUUAUAUGGAUCAGAUAAUAAAGUAAGUGCGAGCUACUAUUUAUUUUUAUAUACACUGUGAGGUUCUUUGUUUUUACUACUGUCCAUUUUAAGUACAUCUUCUAUAAUGGGUAGCACUGAUUUUGAUACAUUAUUUAAACUAAAUUUUGAAUAUAAAACUCAAAUAUUCUUAUUUAUAGGAAUAUUUAUAUCAUUUGCAGUAAAAACUCCUACAAUAUUUUUAAACAAUUGAUUAUUAAAAGCUCACGUUGAAUCCCCUUUAGGUGGAAGUAUUGUAUUAGCCGCGAUUGUAUUAAAAUUAAGUCUAUACGGUGUAUUUAGAUUAAUAUUACCUAUAUUACCGAAAGCUUCUUUAGAUUAUACUUUUGUUGUAUUUACUAUAGCGGUAAUUACAAUAAUAUAUGCUAGCUUUAGUACACUAAGAACUACAGACGUAAAAGAACUAAUAGCCUAUAGUUCAGUCUGUCACGCUUCAGUAUAUUUAAUAGGAGUAUUUAGUAAUACUAUACAAGGAUUAGAGGGUAGUAUCAUAUUAGGUUUAGCCCACGGGUUUGUGUCAAGUGGUUUAUUUAUAUGUGCAGGAGGAAUACUGUAUGAUAGAACAGGUACUAGACUUAUAUAUUUUUAUAGAGGAAUUACUCAAUUAAUGCCUAUAUUUGCUAUAUUAUUCUUUAUAUUAGCUUUAGGAAAUUGCGGUGCUCCAUUAACUUUAAAUUUUGUAGGUGAAUUUAUGUCACUUUAUAGUAUAAUAGAAAGAUUACCAGUAUUAGGUGUUUUCGCUUGCUCUUCUGUAGUAUUUUCUGCAGCCUACACUAUAUAUAUGUUUAAUAGAAUAUCUUUCGGUGGUUCUUUCACUAGAUUCUUAGAAGAAAGUAUAUACGAUGUAAAUAAAAGAGAAUUUAUCUUAUUAUUUAUAUUAGUAUUAUUUACAGUUAUAUUAGGUGUAUAUCCUUCUUUAAUUUUAAACGUAUUAGAUUAUUCUAUGAAUAGUUUAAUAUAUAGUAUAUAA